GGCCCAGCUCGCCAAAACUGGCCCAGCCGGCCUAUGUCCACUGCGCACGCGCGGCUCUACGUCACGCGCGUUCCCAGGCCUCAGUAGAGCUGGCAGGAGGGGCCCUGCCAGCUUCCGCCGCCGCGUCGCUUAGGGGCUCGGGCGGCGGGUUCGCGCUGCCUCCCCCGCCGCGGGGCAGCGGAGGGACGCGGGGCCAAGCUCAGGGCUCGCGGCGGCGCAGCCAUGGGUCUGCGCCGAGCCGGGUGACAGCAGGAAGCCGAACGGCCCAGGCCCUGAGCACGUCUCUUCCGGGGGGCCUCGCCCUCCUGCUCGCGGGGCCGGGGCUCCUGCUGCCGCUGCUGGCGCUGCUGUUGGCGGCGGCCGCGGCCCGGAUCAUGUCGGGCCGCCGCUGCGCCGGCGGGGGCGCGGCCUGCGGGGGCGCAGCGGCCGAGGCGGUGGAGCCCGCCGCCCGCGAGCUGUUCGAGGCUUGUCGCAACGGGGACGUGGAGCGAGUCAAGAGGCUGGUGACGCCGGAGAAGGUGAACAGCCGCGACACGGCGGGCAGGAAGUCCACCCCGCUCCACUUCGCCGCAGGUUUUGGACGUAAAGAUGUAGUUGAAUACUUGCUUCAGAAUGGUGCAAAUGUCCAAGCACGUGAUGAUGGGGGCCUUAUUCCUCUUCACAAUGCAUGUUCUUUUGGUCAUGCUGAAGUAGUCAAUCUCCUUUUGCUACGUGGUGCAGACCCAAAUGCUCGUGAUAAUUGGAAUUACACUCCUCUCCAUGAAGCUGCAAUUAAAGGAAAGAUUGAUGUUUGCAUCGUGCUCUUACAACAUGGAGCUGAGCCAACCAUUCGAAAUACAGAUGGAAGAACAGCAUUAGAUUUAGCAGACCCAUCUGCCAAAGCAGUGCUGACUGGUGAAUAUAAGAAAGAUGAACUCUUGGAGAGCGCAAGGAGUGGCAAUGAGGAAAAAAUGAUGGCUCUUCUUACACCAUUAAAUGUCAAUUGCCAUGCAAGUGAUGGCAGAAAGUCAACGCCACUGCAUUUGGCAGCAGGAUACAACAGAGUAAAGAUCGUACAGCUGCUACUGCAACAUGGGGCUGAUGUCCAUGCAAAAGAUAAAGGUGAUCUGGUGCCAUUACACAAUGCCUGUUCUUACGGUCAUUAUGAAGUAACUGAACUUCUGGUCAAGCAUGGUGCCUGUGUAAAUGCAAUGGACUUGUGGCAGUUUACUCCGCUUCAUGAGGCAGCUUCUAAAAACAGGAUUGAAGUGUGUUCUCUUCUCCUGAGUUAUGGUGCAGAUCCAACGCUGCUGAAUUGUCACAAUAAAAGUGCCAUAGAUUUGGCUCCCACACCACAGUUAAAAGAAAGAUUAGCCUAUGAAUUUAAAGGCCACUCAUUGCUGCAGGCUGCACGGGAAGCUGAUGUUACACGAAUCAAGAAACACCUUUCUCUGGAAAUGGUGAAUUUCAAACACCCUCAGACACAUGAAACAGCUUUGCAUUGUGCUGCUGCAUCUCCAUACCCCAAAAGAAAGCAAAUAUGUGAACUGUUGCUAAGAAAAGGAGCAAACAUCAAUGAAAAAACAAAAGAAUUCUUGACUCCUCUGCACGUGGCGUCUGAGAAAGCUCAUAAUGAUGUUGUUGAAGUAGUGGUGAAACAUGAAGCAAAGGUUAAUGCUUUGGAUAAUCUUGGUCAGACUUCUCUGCACAGAGCUGCACAUUGUGGUCAUUUACAAACCUGCCGCCUACUCUUGAGCUAUGGGUGUGAUCCUAACAUCAUAUCACUUCAGGGCUUCACUGCUUUGCAGAUGGGAAAUGAAAAUGUGCAACAACUUCUUCAAGAGGGUAUCCCACUAGGGAAUUCAGAAGCAGACAGACAAUUACUGGAAGCUGCAAAAGCUGGCGAUGUAGAAACUGUAAAAAAAUUGUGUACAGUUCAGAGCGUCAACUGCAGAGAUAUUGAAGGACGUCAGUCAACCCCCCUCCAUUUUGCAGCUGGUUAUAACAGGGUUUCUGUGGUGGAGUAUCUGCUGCAGCACGGAGCUGAUGUGCAUGCUAAAGAUAAAGGAGGCCUUGUUCCUUUGCACAAUGCCUGUUCUUAUGGACAUUAUGAAGUGGCAGAACUUCUUGUGAAGCAUGGAGCAGUAGUUAAUGUAGCAGAUUUAUGGAAAUUUACUCCUUUACAUGAAGCUGCAGCAAAAGGAAAAUAUGAAAUUUGUAAACUUCUGCUCCAGCAUGGUGCAGACCCUACAAAGAAAAACAGAGAUGGAAAUACUCCUUUGGAUCUUGUUAAAGAUGGAGAUACGGAUAUACAGGAUCUGCUUCGAGGAGAUGCAGCUUUAUUAGAUGCUGCCAAGAAAGGUUGUUUAGCUCGAGUAAAAAAGCUAUCUUCACCUGAUAAUGUAAAUUGCCGUGAUACUCAAGGUCGACAUUCAACACCUUUACACUUAGCAGCUGGCUAUAAUAAUUUAGAAGUUGCAGAAUAUUUGUUGCAACAUGGAGCUGAUGUAAAUGCUCAAGACAAAGGAGGACUUAUUCCAUUACAUAACGCAGCAUCUUAUGGGCAUGUAGAUGUAGCAGCUUUACUAAUAAAAUAUAAUGCAUGUGUCAACGCCACGGACAAAUGGGCUUUCACACCUUUGCACGAAGCAGCUCAAAAGGGACGGACACAGCUUUGUGCUUUAUUGUUGGCCCAUGGAGCUGAUCCUACUCUUAAAAAUCAGGAAGGACAAACACCUUUAGAUUUAGUUUCAGCAGAUGAUGUCAGUGCUCUUCUGACAGCAGCCAUGCCCCCUUCUGCUCUGCCUUCAUGUUAUAAACCACAAGUGCUCAAUGGUGUAAGAAGCCCAGGAACCACCACAGAUGCUCUGUCUUCAGGUCCAUCCAGUCCAUCAAGCCUUUCUGCAGCUAGCAGUCUUGACAACUUAUCUGGGAGUUUUUCUGAACUAUCUUCAAUAGUUACCUCAGCUGGAACAGAGGGUGCUUCUAAUCUGGAGAAAAAGGAAGUUCCAGGAGUAGAUUUUAGCAUAACUCAAUUUGUAAGGAAUCUCGGGCUUGAGCACCUAAUGGACAUAUUUGAGAGAGAACAGAUCACUUUGGAUGUACUUGUUGAGAUGGGGCACAAGGAGUUGAAGGAGAUUGGAAUCAAUGCUUAUGGACAUAGACACAAACUUAUUAAGGGAGUUGAAAGACUUAUUUCUGGACAGCAAGGUCUUAACCCAUACUUAACUCUGAACACCUCUGGAAGUGGAACAAUUCUCAUAGACCUGUCUCCUGAUGACAAAGAAUUUCAGUCUGUGGAGGAAGAGAUGCAAAGUACAGUCCGAGAACACCGAGAUGGUGGUCAUGCCGGUGGAAUCUUCAACAGAUACAAUAUUCUGAAGAUCCAGAAAGUUUGUAACAAGAAACUCUGGGAACGAUAUACACACAGGAGAAAAGAAGUUUCAGAAGAAAACCACAACCAUGCAAAUGAAAGAAUGCUAUUUCAUGGUUCUCCCUUUGUGAAUGCCAUUAUCCAUAAAGGCUUUGAUGAAAGGCACGCUUACAUAGGUGGCAUGUUUGGAGCUGGGAUUUAUUUUGCUGAAAACUCUUCCAAAAGCAAUCAAUAUGUAUAUGGGAUUGGAGGAGGUACUGGGUGUCCAGUUCACAAAGACAGAUCGUGUUACAUUUGCCACAGGCAGCUACUCUUUUGCCGGGUAACCUUGGGAAAGUCUUUCCUGCAGUUCAGUGCAAUGAAAAUGGCACAUUCUCCUCCAGGACAUCAUUCAGUUACUGGUCGACCGAGUGUAAAUGGCCUAGCAUUAGCUGAAUAUGUUAUUUACAGAGGAGAACAGGCAUACCCUGAAUAUUUAAUUACUUACCAGAUUGUAAGACCUGAAGGUAUGGUUGAUGGAUAAAUACUUGUUUUAGGAAACUGACCCCACUGAACUUAAAGUCAUCUAAGCAGCUGGUGGCCUCCUGUUUUGCUCCUUUGCUGAGAAAACAUCUUGUCCACAAGCCUGUGGCAAAAAGAUUAAAAAAAAAAAAAAAUGUGAAAGAACUUAACAUUCUGACUUGAUAAAGCUUUAAUAAUGUACAGUGUUUUCUAAAUAUUUCCUGUUUUUCAGCACUUUAACAGAUGUCAUUCCAGGUUAAACUGGGUUUGUCUGUACUAAAUUAUAAACAGAGUUAACUUGAAUCUUUUAUACAUUAUACCUGGAUUCUAACAGAAACUGUAAUCCCCUCAACAGAAUUCAUUUUACUAAUAACAAACUGUGUUUCUUUAAAACACAGCAUUUACACUGAAUACAAUUUCAUUUGUAAAACUGUAUAUAAGAGCUUUUGUACUAGCCCAAUAUUUAUUUACAUUGCUUUGUAAUAUAAAUCUACUGUUAUGGAACAGCGGCGGUUUACUGAAAUUUUUUUUCACCUGUAUUGCUCCUCUGUACUUCAUCUUGUAUCAUCAUGAUUGUGUGUAAUCUUUACAUUUGAUUCCAGAGGCUAUGUUGAGUUGUUAUGAGAGACUUGGUCAGUGGGAAAGAUUGAUUUUUUUGGACUUAAUUUGCUGGUUGAAGCAUUUAUCUCUCAUUAGAAUUUUUUCCCAUUUAAGAACUUUUUUCAUGAAUACUCUUGGGAUUUAGUGAUAUCUUUGCAGGUAUAAGACACAUUCCAAAGAGCUCUAGUUGCUUUUUUUAAGAGCCUCUUCACACAAACUCGAGUUUUGCAUUGGAAGUCUUUCUUCUUUCAUUUAUAAAAAUUAAAGCAGGUGCUUUAAGGGAAAAAAAGAAAAAAGAAAGAAAAGGCUGAAUCCUGCCACUGAACAAUUGUGGUGUUUCAUUUUUUAUUUCAUGGACUGUAAAUAGGAAAUUAAAUUGCAGAGAUGGGAAGGGUGAUCUUGGAUAAUUUCACAGUUUGUUAUAAUCACCUUAAGUCUAAAAGGAAAAAAAUAGCAAAUGGGAGUGGGUAGUUUUUUGUUCUUAGUAUUUUUUUUCCUUAUUCUUUUUUUUUUUUUCUUGGCCCCACUGUUAUACUUGUAGCUGUUUUAUACACCUUAGAUAAACUCAUCCAAAACCAUGAAAUUUAAGUGUGUCAGUUCUCUUGGGGCCUCCCGAGUGAACAGGUGCUCUGGGACGAGUGACUGAGCACCGCCUGCUCCUGGGUUGCCUCCUCAUGAUUGGAAUUAUGCUUUCAGUUUAGACAGCACAUAAUGACCAGUUUCUGUGUUCAGUUUCACAACUGUGCAAAGGAAUACUGUCCUAUAAAGUGCUGUGCUAGACUUUUUUCUAAUGCAAAACUAUCUUUUCAGUGAAAUAUGCUGAAACAGUUUGAUACAGAGACAUCCAUUAUAUAUAGCUUGGCACUUUGUUGUUGUUAAGGCAAAAUUGUGACCUUAAGUGUUUGUAAAUGAGAGCAUCCCCUUCACUCUGUGCCAGUUAACCUUUGUCUGACAGUUUAUUCAGCCCUUAAAUUAACUGACUCUUUGCAGUAACUUGUACAUAAACAAAGUGCUAGAGAAUCUUGUUUCUUGUGUUGAGUAAGAGUUAAUCAGAGUAAAUCCACAUCUGGAGUUUCUAUGAUGUAAAUUUUAAUCAUUAACAGGUAAGUUCCUGACUUUGAAGUGCUUUUAUACAACUAGCUCUCUAACUGCAAAUAUGAUCCUACCAGUCACUUCUUGGAGCACAAAUGGAGUAUGCCAAAUUUUAUAUGAUUUUUCAAGUUCAGGAAGCUUCCAGGUUUUGUAAUUAGAAAAUAAUGUAAUGAAUUAAAGACACUUAUUUUACAUAACUUACCUCUCAACAUUUAGCCCAUAAUACCCUAUGAGUGAAUCUGGAGUUGCUUAUCAUGUAAAACCAUCGUGGUGUAUGAGUUUAUACUGCAGCCUGUGUUGUUUUAUCUAAUCCAUUGCUUAAUUAGUGUGUUGUUUUCUAUGAAUAAUUAUAUUGUGGUUAAUAUGAUAGCAUGACAGUAUUUUCAGGUAGCUUUUUUGUUGGGAGCUCUGAGGGUUUGGGGAGGGCUGGGGGGUUUCUUUGGCCUUUUUGCAUGAAAUAUCUUUAUAAUGAUGGAAUUGUUUUUACUUUUGUCUUGUGAUUUUCAUUUUGAGUGAGACUUAAUUUUUUGUGUGUGAGUAGUGUUUUUAUUAUACCCAUCUUGAGUGUCUUUCUUGUACUGUGUCACAUUCCACACCAACAUUUAAUUCCUAAUAAACUGUUCACUUGGU